CUUCCAUAGAGUGCGUACCCACUGAAGAGUGGAUCACAGGCACAAGAGGGCCCUUGUAACUAACCGAAGCCGUUUCGACUCUUUCGACUUUUGGACUUUUGACUUCGAGUCAAUUCUCUUCUCCUUUUCCACCAAAAUUUGCAAUUGUCUCUCCAUGCUCGUUCUGCUGUGCUAGUACACCUCGUGCUCGCGUGUUGUCGGUUUUUCUGCUCUCGCAAGGGGACUUGCCGCUCUCAGGAACGGAAAACCUUGUUUUUCUUUUUUCUUUUUGCCUGUUCCCGUCCCGAGGAGGAAUUUAUCCCCCGCCCCCGCCGUUAGUCAACAUCUAUUGACGAAAUCCAAAUCCUCAAGAACUUCCAACAACACCACCCAACAACACCGACGCCGAACCUAGCGAACCGAACGAAUUGAGUGUCCCAUACCGUCAUCAUCGCCACCAUGGACUCCGUUCUGCGCCAGUCCAAGGCCAUGUGCCCCUUCAUGAAGAAGGCCACUGCCGCGGGGCUCCGUGCCAUGUCGACGGCCACCCCGACUGCCGUGUCACCCUGCGGUGGUGCCAUGUCGAAGCUGCAGGUGCUCGCUCGCCGCUGCCCCGUAAUGGGCAAGGCCAUGGCUGUCCAGUCUGCUCGCGUGGGCCACGCCGCUGGCUUCCCUAGCGUCGCGGCUAAAGCCGGCAUGUCCACGUUCCAUGGCCACGCAAAGACCGGCAAGGCGAAGCUGCACACCAGCCGCUCUAAGGAGGCCCAGCCCGUUGACGGCGCCGUUUAUAGCGGCCAUGAGAAGGUCCAGCUCCCCCCUCGCCUUCCGACCAAGCAGCAUGUCAGCGCCGGCCCGGCUGCUACCACGCGCCCCGAUGCUUCGGCCACCCGCGCGGGUAAGUUUGACUAUGACGGCUUCUACAACUGCGAGCUGGAGAAGAAGCACAAGGACAAGUCGUACCGGUACUUCAACAACAUCAAUCGCUUGGCCAAGGAGUUUCCCCGCGCGCACAUGUCUAACAAGGAGGAGAAGGUCACGGUCUGGUGCGCCAAUGAUUACCUGGGCAUGGGUCGCAACCCGCGCGUGCUGAAGGCGAUGCACGAGACCCUUGACGAAUAUGGCGCCGGCGCUGGUGGCACGCGCAACAUCUCGGGACACAACAAGCAUGCGGUGGAACUGGAGCAAACAGUCGCCAAGCUCCAUGCGCAGGAAGCCGCGCUGGUUUUCAGCUCGUGCUAUGUGGCCAACGAUGCCACUCUGGCUACCCUCGGUAGCAAGAUGCCCGACUGUGUCAUUCUGUCCGACAGCCUGAACCAUGCCUCGAUGAUCCAGGGUAUCCGCCACUCCGGCGCGAGGAAGAUCAUUUUCAAGCACAAUGACGUGCAGGACCUGGAGGAGAAGUUGGCGUCAUUGCCGCUCCACGUCCCCAAGAUUAUUGCGUUCGAGUCCGUCUACAGCAUGUGCGGCUCGAUCGGCCCCAUUGAGGAAAUCUGCGAUCUCGCCGACAAAUAUGGCGCCAUCACCUUCCUCGACGAAGUCCACGCCGUCGGCAUGUAUGGCCCGCACGGCGCGGGCGUAGCGGAACACUUGGAUUACGAGGCGCACGUUCAGGGGCGGCCCCGCGGGACCAUCAUGGACCGCAUCGACAUCAUCACCGGCACCCUGGGCAAGGCUUACGGUUGCGUGGGUGGCUACAUCGCCGGCAGCGCCAAGCUCAUCGACACGGUGCGCUCUCUCGCGCCAGGCUUCAUCUUCACCACCUCCCUCCCUCCCGCCGUCAUGGCCGGCGCGCGCGCAGCCAUUGAGUACCAGAUGGAGCACCAGGGCGACCGCCGGCUGCAGCAGCUGCACACGCGCGCGGUCAAGGAAGCCCUCGAGGAGCGCGGCAUCCCCGUGAUCCCCAACCCGAGCCACAUUGUGCCGAUCCUCGUCGGCAACGCCGAGCUCGCCAAGCAGGCCAGCGACAAGCUCCUGCAGGACCACGGCAUCUACGUGCAGAGCAUCAACUACCCGACCGUCCCCGUCGGCCAGGAGCGCCUGCGCGUGACGCCCACGCCGGGCCACACCAAGGAGUACCGCGAGGAGCUGGUCAACGCGAUCGAGAGCAUCUGGAACGAGCUCGGAAUCAAGCGCACCAGCGAGUGGGCGGCCGAGGGCGGCUUCAUCGGCGUCGGCGUGCCGGACGCCGCCCCCGAGGAGCCGCUCUGGACGGACGAGCAGCUGGGCAUCGCCGAGGCGGCCCGCACGCUGCUGCAGGCCGCCGACGCCGAGCAGAAGGCCGCCGCCGCCCCCCUGACGGGCGGGUUCACCGAGAGGCUCCUGGCCAAGGAGAUGAAGGGGCUCACGAGCGCUAGCGUCGCCGCUUAGGCUGCUUCGCUUUCUCCUCCUGUUCCCCCCCGCGCGCUCUCCGGCGACGGAGACGUAGCACUCUUCCCUUCUCUGCCGGCCGGAAUAUCUGUCCGGGUGCCCCUGCUGCUUUCGUCCUUGGGGAGCUC